GCUAGAUAUACUGCAAGGCGGUUACACUGUGCACGGUUCUCAGCAGUACCAUCGGCGCAUGACGGAAAUUGCGGCAUAAUGGCAGGCGUACGCUCUGCAACGCCCGCAGUUGAGGGGAACGGCCUUCAAAAGCGGCCCUUCUCUGCACGCUGGCUCAGGAGGAGGUUGGUGUUGAUCAUGAUGUUCUUCAGUACUACUUUACUCUUGUUCUGGCAUUUCGGAGCUUUUGGGCUUGGCCGGCCACAACAACAAAAGCCGUCGAAACAUCCCCUUGUUGUUACACUCCCUGGAUAUGGAUCGUUUCGGGGUACGAAGGUUCUUGCCAAUGUGAAGAAUACUAAGAAACUGAGUAACACGGUGGAUGUAUGGUUGGGGGUGGAGUACUCUACGCAGCCUGUGGGCAAGAAUCGGUUCAAGCCAGUAACAUGGCCAGAAGCUUUCGAAGGCACGAAGGAUGCGACUUCUUUGGGGCCGGCGUGCUAUCAGAACAUAUAUGGCUCGCUCGGGCAAUCUGAGGCUUGCCUUACAGUGAGCAUAUAUCGCCCAUCGGGUAUCCCGAUAGCUAAGAAGCUUCCUGUCCUGGUGUUCUUGCAUGGCGGCUCAUUUGUCAUUGGUUCACAUCGCAGCUUCGAUGGCACGCUGUUCGUGGCAAAAAGUGCGCAGCCUCUCAUGGUCAUUACAGUACAAUAUCGACUGGGAGCAUUGGGAAGCUUGCCUGGCAAGUUCAUGGAAGAGGAGGGUCUGUUGAAUCUUGGUAUUCGGGACCAAAAGAUGGCGUUGGGGUUCCUACAAGAGUAUGUUGAGUACUUCGGAGGAAACCCGAAAAAGAUCACUCUUGGCGGCCAAAGUGCGGGUGGGCACUCUGUCGGCAUUCAUCUCUUCCACAACUACGGCCAGGAUGCGGGCAAACCAUUGUUCCAUCAAGCCAUACUAGCAUCGGGCUCACCAACAGCACGUGCAUUUCCAGGCGUCAAUUACCCCCUAUAUGAGCGACAGGUCAGGCAUUUGAUGGACUACUUCAACUGCCCCACAUCACCUAGCUCAACCGCGCUUGAGUGUCUACAAUCUGUAUUAGUAGAAGACAUACAGUUUAUCUCUACAUCACUGUACAACGCAAACAACCACAACAUCACGUGGCCAUGGCAGCCAGUCUCGCCGGGGCCACUUUUCGAAAAACGUGGCUCGACUUCUGGCGAGGACGGUACCUUCUUCAAAAUUCCUAUCCUAAUAUCCUCCACAACCGACGAAGGCAAAGCCUUCACACCACAUGAUCUUCAGACCAACAAAGACUAUCUGGGAUUCUGGAAGACUCUGGUGCCAGACCUCACACCUCAGGAUCUGGCCGACCUCGAUAGGCUCUACCCCGACCCCCAAACUGGUCAAAGUCCCUACAAACCCAAAGCACAAACCUUCAUAUCACCACAAUACGAGCGUGUAUCCGCCGCCUAUGGUGAUUACUCUUAUAUCUGUCCUGUACAGGACACUGCAUCCCGUCUCUCGUCCGCCAACGCGCCUGUCUACAAAGCUCGGUUCAACACGCCCAACUUUGCGCCUACGUAUAUGGGUGUCCCGCACGCGAGCGACACCUCAUACUUCAAUGGUCGUGCUACGGCGCAGUAUCCCGCUAUAUCGGACCUGUAUAGCGCUUAUUGGGCGAGCUUUAUUGUGAGUGGUGAUCCAAAUACGUUCAAGGAAGAGGGGACAGCGAAGUGGGACAAGUAUGAGGUGGGAAAGAUGAAUGGACGAAGGGAGUUGGUUGUAAGUCCGCCCCAUAAGGGAGGCGUACAUAUGGAAAUGGAGGAUCAAGGGAUCAGGACGCUGCAGUGUGCGUGGUGGAGGGAUCAGGAUAGGGCAAAGAGGUUGAAUAAGUAGGCGCGGGGCCUCUAAAAACAUGCUAUACAUCGGAGUUUAGAAAUGGCUUUCUAUUAGAGUCAACAUUUCAUCCUUUUCGUCUUGGAUGGAGAGAACAACUUGGGCUCGUCUCCACAACCUCAUAAUCAAGUCAGUCCUAUGCCAUGCCGGUUUACCUGGAGCGUUAUCAGGCUGAAGCGAGUGAGGUAAUCUUGCAUGGUAUGAGGCAUAGACAUGAUGAGGUUAUCGUUCCGAGUUCGUUGUGUCUUGCGACAUUUCAGUCUCCAGGUACCUCAAGUUACAAUCUUUAGAGGCAAUUCCGUGUCAAUAAGCGAUGCGCGAGAGUGAUUUGGGGAAUAGUACGCCAUGAAGCAAUGUGAGAACAUUGUAGAGCCACAAUACGCCUUGAGGAUGACUCCCUGACAAACGCCAGUG